AUGACAUUUUACCUGGAAAAAGACCUGGAGUUUGCCUAUCCCUCCUGCCAUACAUGUAAUCAGCCUUUUGAGCUUUCCUCACAAGAUCCUUCUCACUCCUCAGGUCCCUUCACUGAUGUUGUCACCACCAACCUGAAGCUUGGCAACCCAACAGACCGCAAUGUGUGUUUCAAAGUGAAGACCACAGCACCACGUAGGUACUGUGUGCGGCCCAACAGUGGGAUCAUUGACGCUGGGGCUUCAAUCAAUGUGUCCGUGAUGUUACAGCCUUUCGAUUAUGAUCCCAAUGAGAAAAGUAAACACAAGUUUAUGGUUCAGUCUAUGUUUGCUCCAACUGACACUUCUGAUAUGGAAGCAGUAUGGAAGGAGGCAAAACCGGAAGACCUUAUGGAUUCAAAACUUAGAUGUGUGUUUGAAUUGCCAGCAGAAAAUGAUAAACCACAUGAUGUAGAAAUAAAUAAAAUUAUAUCUACAACUGCAUCAAAGACAGAAACACCAUCAGUGUCUAAAUCUCUGACUUCCUCUCUGGAUGACACUGAAGUUAAGAAGGUGAUGGAAGAAUGUAAGAGGCUGCAAAGUGAAGUCCAGAGACUUCGGGAGGAGAACAAGCAGUUCAAGGAAGAAGAUGGACUUCGGAUGAGGAAGACAGUGCAGAGCCACAGCCCCAUGGCAGCACUUGCUGCAACCGGGAAGGAGGAAGGGCUCAGCACUCGGUUACUGGCUCUGGUGGUUUUGUUCUUUAUUGUUGGUGUCAUUAUAGGGAAGAUUGCCUUGUAAAAGCAGCAUGCAAAGGAUGGCAAAUUGGAUUGAUGGAUCCACCAUAUCAUGGGAUUUAAAUUUAUCAUAACCAUGUGUAAAAAGAAAUUAACGUAUGAUGACAUCUCACAGGUCUUGCCUUUAAAUUACCCCUCCCUGCGCGCGUGCACAUACACACACACACAUGUACACACAAAUAUAACAAUCUUUUAGAAAGUGAAAAAUGUAUAGUAAAUGAUUGAGGGGAAAUGAAUGAUCUCUGUUAAUGACAAGGGAAACAGUGAUUAAUGCCACAGGGCAUAUUGUAACUCAUUUGAAACAUUGAUAGACCUUGGUAUAUGUUGCUGGAUUACCUCUUAAAACAAGACACUCUUCCGUGCCUGUGGGUGCUGGCCUGUGGGAGCUGGAGCCCAGUGCGGUGGGGUGUGCAGUUGUGUCCACAGUUUCCCCACACAGCCCACUCUCACCCGGACUGCUUUUCCUUGUCUUCAGUUCUGUGCAAGCCAUCGGUUCCCUGGGACUGAUGAAAAGCAGCAGAAGCCGAAAAGCAUUGUGCCGUGGCAGCAUGGGGUGCCUUGUCUGGAGGCGAGGCGCAGUUCUACUGACCCAGCACUUCAGAAAUUAGAGUCCGUACUUUGUUCUCUUGAAGGGACCAAGCUAAAUGACCUUUGGUUCAUGUAGUGAGACUGAACUGCUAUUUGAGAUGUUUAAUGCAUAUAUAACUUAUUUAAUGUAUUUCAUCUCGUGUUCUUACUGUCACAAGAGUACAGUCCCUACUGGGGCCUAAACAUCACCUGUGCUGUGGAGCACCAGUGGAUCUGGCUGGUGUGGCUGCUGGGGCUGGGGCUCUGCCUCUGGAGGUUCUGGGUGUUAGAGGGUGGUCAUCUAGAGCCAGAGAACAUCAGCCAGUGUUCUGGGUGUUAUAACAGUUGUCAUAGGGAGGGACAGUCAACUCUGGGUCACCUUUUUAAUGGAGAAAAGCAGCCGGUCUUCUAGGUUUGCCCACCACCUUGCAGCCACCACUCACGGUUCCUUCACAGAGGCUCGGCCUGUCCUUCCUGCCUGUUGGACCUGGCUCAGAGUUAGGGCAGUUGGGCCGCAGGGAGUGAGGGUGCUAGCGGGCGAGUGGGACGGGACAGGGCGAUAGGGCUCCUCGGCAGAUCCAUCUAGCGGUAAUGGAGAGUCUGACUGUGAAUUACUUUUAUGCCAUCAAAGACCAAUCCAAUUCUGUUCAACUAUGUAGCAUCUUAAAAAGGAAAAAAAUAAAACCCCAAAAUGAAGAAU